GACAUCUUUAACCGGAAGUUGUACUUCAUUACGGUAAACGUGUCUGAUGCAACUGGGAAGAUCGCCGGUGUAAACAUUGCUGGCAUAUUGCUGACCUGGAAGUGGACCUGCCAUCAUGGAGAACCAGACUGACAACAGGAGUCCUGAGGAGAAGCUUGACCUGCUCAAGAGGAAUCUACAGGAAGUUCUUGGGGAGGAUCGCUUGCUGCCAUUGUUGAAGGAAAGGGAUGUGAAGAUCUACUGGGGCACAGCAACAACGGGCAAGCCGCAUGUCGGCUACUUUGUGCCCAUGUCAAAGGUGGCUGACUUCCUCAGGGCCGGGGCAGAGGUGACGAUCCUGUUUGCCGACCUGCACGCCUACCUAGACAACAUGAAGGCUCCCUGGGAGCUGCUGCAGCAGCGGGUCAAGUACUACGAGCAUGUGAUCAAGGCCAUGCUGCGUUCCAUCGGCGUACCGCUCGACAAGCUCAAGUUUGUGCAAGGGACAGAAUACCAGCUCAGCAAAGAAUACACAUUGGAUGUGUACAAGUUGUCAUCACUAGUCACAGAACAUGAUGCCAAGAAGGCUGGCGCCGAGGUGGUCAAGCAGGUGGAUCAUCCCCUCUUGAGUGGACUGCUGUACCCUGGACUGCAGGCACUUGAUGAAGAAUACCUGAAGGUUGACAUACAGUUUGGUGGUGUAGAUCAGAGGAAAAUCUUCACAUUUGCAGAAAAGUACCUCCCACACUUAGGCUAUAAGAAGAGGAUGCACUUCAUGAACCCAAUGGUUCCUGGUCUGACGGGAUCCAAGAUGAGUUCGUCCGACCCCGAUUCUAAGAUUGACCUCCUAGACUCUCCAGCUCAAGUCAAGAAGAAAUUAAAGAAGGCAUUCUGUGAGCCGGGGAACAUCACGGACAAUGGCCUCCUCUCCUUCUGCAAGUUUGUCCUCUUCCCACUCAGCACAGAUGGAGAAUUUAAGGUUGAAAGGUCAGAAGAAUUUGGAGGCAGCAGGAUAUUUACAAAAUAUGUGGAUUUAGAGGAAGCGUUUAGAAAACAGGAGCUGCACCCUGGAGACCUGAAGGCAGCAGUGGAGGUCUACCUCAACCGGUUGCUGGAGCCCAUCAGGAAGGACUUCGAAUCCCCCGAACUCAAGAAGAUCACAGCCAAGGCUUACCCAGUUGUCAAAACAAAGGGACCGGGAGGGGCAGCAUCCCAGCAGGCAGAGGAAAUCAUCCCCUCCAGGCUCGACCUGAGGGUCGGCAGAAUCACUGAAGUCUGCAAGCACCCAGAUGCCGACAGUCUGUACAUGGAGACCGUGGACCUGGGGGAGGAGGGAUCAACACGGACGGUGAUCAGCGGUCUGGCAGGACUCUACCCCAUGGAAGACCUGAAGGACAGGCUCGGUGUGUUCCUGUGCAACCUGAAGCCUCAGAAGAUGCGAGGGAUCGAGUCGCAGGCCAUGCUCAUGUGUGCCUCUGUGGAUGAACCCCGGGCCGUGGAACCUCUUGACCCCCCUGAGGGCAGUGCCCCAGGGGACAGGGUGUUUGUGGAGGGGUAUGAGAAGGGCACGCCGGAUGAAGAAUUAAAACCCAAAAAGAAAGUGUGGGAAAAAUUACAGCCGGACUUCUUAACAAGUGGAUCUUCUGUGGCAGAAUGGCAGGGUAGCCCUUUGAUGACAAAGCUUGGAAAAGUCACUUGUAAAUCUCUAAAGUUAUCACCUAUUAAAUAAAGGAGAAAGUACUGGUUAUCUGUUUCAGUGUCUGUCGUAUCAUGAUGUCAAUCAAGCUGUAUAUCUUGUCCAAUAAGUGGACUCAAAUAUGAAUGAUUACAACUAAAAUCGUGUUAAUCCUGUGAUGUCUUUGUGAGCUGUGUCAAAGUCACGCGGAGGAACCAUCUUCUUUGUGAUAGCAAAGAAGUUCACUACCAGAAACAUUUCAUAGAACUUAAAAUGAAUAAAAAGUAUAAAGUCUUAUAGCCCAAAUGAAGAAUAGAUGAAUUUGUUAAAAUUACUUAGAAAUCUUUUUUAUUUGUUUCAUGUGUAUGUGAGAUGUUUAUGCCCGAGUUUCUUCUUCUCAUUACACAUCUAAUUGUAUUAACAUGCUUUUAAGAAUUGGCACGACGGAGUGUCUGUGCUUGUGCCCAAAUGCCAUUGUAUAGCUGGAAUAUAGCUGAAGACUGUUAAACAAGAAAGAUACACACAUCCACUGACUGUCAUCCAACAACGAUUGUCUCUGACAGUAUCCUUGUCAACUGUAUCCUAAUGAAACAAUACAUGCACAGAUCCACACUCACAACUGACCAGCUAGGCCAAACUUAUAUCUUUCCUAGGGAUGAGAUUUUCAUUUAGCUGAAGGCUUCCUCAGUGUGUGCGUGCGUACGUGCAUGAGUGCGAUGUGAGGGGUUCAGGAUAUGAAUGGUUGCUGUCAAGGAUUAAUAGAGCUAAGUCAGUACUAAGAGAAAUCUGCGAGUGUUUGUCAGCGUUUCUUGUCAAGUCACUGAAGCUCUGUAAUCUGUAAUGGAGAUAUUAUUAUUUGUUGAUGUUAGGAAAUGCAAACAUGUAUGAAUAAAUCAGCAACAAAAUAUUUAUUCAGAGCUGACUGCAGGUGUUCUUGUUCUUUAUUUUUCCACUAACCAGGUAAAUCUGUGUCCAAGAGUAGGCUAAAGAAAUAAGAACAGUGUGUUGCUCAUGUAAGUCCUUGAUAAAUGCUGCAAUCAUACUGCUAGUUCUAUAUGUAUGUCACAAAACACAAUGAUGACUUUCAUGUGGGUGCUUUUGCUGAUGCAUUUGACCUGAGAACCGAGAUAGUUUUUCUCAUGCUUAACAUCAAAAUAUUUCAUUGUGGUUGCCACGAUAUGACGACAUUCAUAAUGUCGUUGACAGUAAUAAAGCUAUUUAUACAGUGGGGUGACCCAUUCAAGGA